AUGGUGACUCGUAAAUCAAACACCGCAUUGCUCAGCUACACCAACUGCUUCCACUAUUACAACCACAGCUACACCUACUGCUUCCACUAUUACAACCACAGCAACACCUACUGCUUCCACUAUUACAACCACAGCUACACCCACUGCUUCCACUAUUACAACCACAGCUACACCUACUGCUUCCACUAUUACAACCACAGCAACACCUACUGCUUCCACUAUUACAACCACAGCUACACCAACUGCUUCCACUAUUACAACCACAGCAACACCUACUGCUUCCACUAUUACAACCACAGCUACACCUACUGCUUCCACUAUUACAACCACAACUACACCAACUGCUUCCACUAUUACAACCACAGCAACACCUACUGCUUCCACUAUUACAAUCACAGUUACACCAACUGCUUCCACUAUUACAACCACAGCGACACCUACUGCUUCCACUAUUACAACCACAGCUACACCUACUGCUUCCACUAUAACAACCACAGCUACACCAACUGCUUCCACUAUUACAACCACAGCUACACCUACUGCUUCCACUAUUACAACCACAGCAACACCUACUGCUUCCACUAUUACAACCACAGCUACACCAACUGCUUCCACUAUUACAACCACAGCAACACCUACUGCUUCCACUAUUACAACCACAGCGACACCAACUGCUUCCACUAUUACAAUCACAGCUACACCAACUGCUUCCACUAUUACAACCACAGCUACACCUACUGCUUCCACUAUUACAACCACAGCUACACUAUGACUAUGACGGCUACUGCUACUGCUACGGCAUUCUGCUCCGUCGACGUGGAGUACCACAGCUCGCCGUUCAAGGAAAGGAUAGAGCUGAGAAGUCCUCAUGUGACACGGUUACGUCUUGUGGUCGGGCGUUGA